CCCGGCGGAGCCCCCAGCCCGCCGCAGCCAUGGCGGCCCCGGCCGCGCUCCUGCCCCUCCUUCCCGUCGCCGCCGCGCUGGCGCUGGCCGGGGACACCGCGGGGACAGAGCCGCACUCCGGCAGCGACAUCGUCCAUCCCAUCAAGGUGGAUGAGAGCGGAUCCUUCCUGUCCUACGACUUGUCCCACCGGGCCCUUCAGCGGAGGUCUCCGGCCUCCAGGAGCAAGCUCCCCGCCUUCUACGAGCUGCAGUACAGAGGGCAGCCCCUGAAAUUCAACCUGAGCCUCAACAGGCACCUGCUGGCCCCGGGCUUUGUCAGCGAGAGGCGUUUCGGGGGCAUUGCCGGUGCCAAGAUCCAGCCUCGCUCCUCCAACUCGUGCCAUAUGAUCGGGGAGGUGCGGGGCCGGGCGCUGCAGGGCGGCCUGGCUGCCCUCAGCACCUGCGAUGGCCUGAAAGGUGUGUUCCAGCUCAUGAACGAGGACUAUUUCAUCGAGCCCGUGUCCAGCAGCCCCCGGGAGGAGGGAGCAGCACAGCCCCACAGGAUCUACAAGCGCCAGGUGCCCAAGGCCAGGGCUGAGCAGGGCGGGAGAGCCCCGGCCCCGCGGGAGUCCUGCGGCGUGCCAGAGUCUCAGGAAAGCCUGGAGCGGUCUGAGAGGCGCAGGGAGCGGUGGGAGCAGAAGCAGGGCAGGAGGAGGAGGAUCAGGCAGCGCUCCAUCAGCAGGGAGAAGUGGGUGGAGACGCUGGUGGUGGCAGACACCAAGAUGGUGGAGUUCCACGGCAGUGCCAACAUCGAGAAGUACGUGCUGACCGUCAUGAACAUGGUGGCGGGGCUGUUCCACCACGCCAGCAUCGGGAACCCCAUCAACAUCGCCAUAGUGCGCCUGAUCCUGCUGGAGCGUGAGGAGGAGGACCUGAAGAUCUCCCACCACGCAGACAACACCUUGAAGAGCUUCUGCAAGUGGCAGAAGAGCAUCAACGUGAAGGGAGACUCGCACCCGCUGCACCACGACGUCGCCGUGCUGCUCACCAGGAAGGACAUCUGUGCUGCCAUGAACAGGCCCUGUGAGACCUUGGGGCUGUCCCACGUGGCCGGGAUGUGCCAGCCCCACCGGAGCUGCAACAUCAACGAGGACACGGGGCUGCCCCUCGCCUUCACCGUGGCCCACGAGCUGGGACACAGUUUUGGGAUUCAGCAUGAUGGAAGCAGCAAUGACUGUGAGCCAGUUGGGAAAAGACCUUUCAUCAUGUCUCCACAGCUCCUGUAUGACACGUCCCCACUCACCUGGUCCCGCUGCAGCCGCGAGUACAUCACACGCUUCCUCGACCGGGGCUGGGGGCUGUGCCUGGAUGACCCCCCGGCCCGGGAGCUGCUGGACUUUCCCCUGGUGCCCCCGGGCGUCCUGUACGACGUGAGCCACCAGUGCCGGCUGCAGUACGGCCCCCGCUCCACCUUCUGCGACGACAUGGACAGUGUCUGCAGCACGCUGUGGUGCACGGUGGGGAACACGUGUCACUCCAAGCUGGACGCGGCUGUGGACGGCACGGCCUGCGGGGAGAGCAAGUGGUGCUUCAACGGCGAGUGCGUUCCCGUGGGCUUCCGGCCCGAGCCCAUCGACGGCGCCUGGAGCGCCUGGAGCUCCUGGGCCUCGUGCUCCCGCAGCUGUGGGGCAGGAGUGCAGAGUGCUGAGCGGCACUGCAGCCACCCCACGCCCAAGUACGGGGGCCGGUACUGCCUGGGCGAGCGGAAGCGGUUCCGCAUCUGCAACGUGCGGCGCUGCCCCCCGGACAAGCCCUCCUUCCGCCAGGUCCAGUGCAGCCACUUCAACCCCAUGCUCUACAAAGGGAAGCUCUACAAGUGGACGCCAGUGCCCCACAGCAUGAACCCCUGCGAGCUGCACUGCCGGCCCGAGCACGAGUACUUUGCGGAGAAGCUGCGGGACGCGGUGGUGGACGGGACGCCCUGCUACGACAGCGACGCCAGCCGUGAUGUCUGCAUCAACGGCAUCUGCAAGAACGUGGGCUGUGACUACGAGAUCGACUCGCACGCCGUGGAGGAUCGCUGCGGGGUCUGCCACGGGGACGGCUCCACCUGCCACACCGUGCACAAGACCUUCGAGGACAGCGAGGGGCUGGGCUAUGUGGACAUUGGGAUUAUCCCUGUGGGAGCCAGGGAGAUCCGGAUUGAAGAAGUGGCCGAAGCCGGGAAUUUCCUGGCGCUGCGGAGCGAGGACCCGGAGAAGUAUUUCCUGAAUGGUGGCUGGACCAUCCAGUGGAACGGGGACUACAGGGUGGCAGGGACCACCUUCACCUACAAGAGGACGGGGAACUGGGAGAACCUCACAUCUCCCGGGCCGACCGUGGAGCCCGUGUGGAUCCAGCUGCUGUUCCAGGAGACCAACCCCGGGGUGAGGUACCAGUACACGAUCCAGCGCCCGGCUGACAGCGAGAACGAGGUGGAGCAGCCCGAGUUCCUGUGGCGCUUCGGCUCCUGGACCACCUGCACGGCCACCUGCGGGACAGGGGUGCAGCGGCAGGUCGUGCACUGCGUGGAGAGGCUGGCGGGCCUGGUGGAGGAGCGGUUCUGCGACGCGCUCACGCGCCCCGACGACCAGCAGCGCACCUGCAGCGAGGAGCCCUGCCCCGCCAGGUGGUGGGUGGGUGAGUGGCAGAAGUGCUCAGCCUCGUGUGGCCGGGCAGGGCUGAUGAAGAGGACGGUGCUGUGCAUCCAGAGCGUGGGGCUGGAUGAGCAGAGGGCCCUGCAGCCAGCAGACUGCCAGCACCUCACCAAGCCUGAUGCCACCGCGCCCUGCCACCCUGAGGUCCCCUGCCCCUCCCCGUGGGCUGUGGGCAACUGGUCUGAGUGCUCCGUGACCUGUGGGAAUGGGACCCAGCAGCGCCCAGUGCACUGCAGCAGCAGCAGCAGCAGCACGUGUGACCCUGCCCAGAGACCCAGCCCCGAGAGGAUUUGCUCCUUGCCACAGUGCCACCACAACUGGGACAGCGGCCCCGACUGGUCCGGCAGCGGCUCCUCCAGCAGGGAGAUAUUUAAUGAAAUCCAUUACAUCCCCAGCAACCACAUUCCUGAAUUUAACCCCUCAAUCCCAAACAUCCCGGAGUCCAACGAUGUCAAUGUCAUCACCGAGGAGGACUUCUCAGCCAGGAAAGGAAAUGUCUUUGUCGAUGAUUUUUACUACGAUUAUAACUUUAUCAACUUCCACGAGGAUCUGUCUUACUAUCCCUUCACGGAGAAGGAGAGCAAAGGCGAGGAGCUGAAGCCAGAGCUGAGCCCUGCUGGCACGGGGGGGCCCUGGGAGCUGCCCACCGAGGCCCUGCUGACCACCGGGCUGGGAGGAGAGAGCCAGGAGCAGCCAGGCACCGAGGAGGGACCCGCUCCUGCUCCUGUGGAUGGGCAAGACACAGAGCCCGGGGAUUUAGCCACCAACGACCUCCUGAGCGUGGUCCCCGAGGAUGUGGGAUCAGCCACUCCAAGCUACACCACCCCUGGCUUUUUGGGUGAGGAGGAGGAGGGUGCAGUGGCUGUGCCCCACUCUGAGCACCUCCCGCCCACCCAGAGCUCCGAGACCCACGGCUCUGCACACCAGGGCCCCGUGCCCUGGGCUGAGCCCCACGGAGCUGUGCCCUCCAGGAGCAGCCUUGGGCAGGAUGCCCCCUCUCCCGGGGGUCCCCAGCCAGCCAGCCUGGGCUGGGACAGUGCCAGGCUGGAUGUGCCCCACGGGCCAGCAGCACGGGCCAGCGGGGGCCCUGUGGGCACACAGGGACACGGCACAGCCCAGCCUGCAGGGAGAGGCCCCGGGGACCCCGGGGAGAUGGCUCUGGCCACCAGCAGUGACCCCAGGGGUGCAGCCCCACGGCCCAGCGAGCAGCACGGGUGGGCAGGAAUGGAGAUGCUGGGCACAUGGGCAGGAGGGCAAUCCCAUGGCAUGGAGAGGGCAGAUGCUGUGGGACAGGGAGGGCACCAGCCAGAGCUCCACACCCCCACAGCCCCCACCUCAACCCCCUCGGUGGCCACAACAGCCUCUCCUGUGUCCCUGUCCCCUGCCGUGCCCGGGACAGCCACCCAGCUCACCUCCAGUGGCCUCAGCCAGCAGGACACCCUGGUCCCAGUCGUGCCCACAGCCCCAGCUCGUGGCCCACCUGCCCACACAGCAGGGGUCCCCCUGGAAUGGGGGACAGAGCACCCGGGUCUGGCAUCGCCCCGCACUGAGCUGACCUCCCAUGGGACCCCACUCAGCGUCCCUGCACCGAGGGACCCCUCACCAUGGGCACCCCCAGGGACACCAACAGAGGAGCCCUCACUGUGGGCACCCCCAGGGACACCAACAGAGGAGCCCUCACCGUGGGCACCCCCAGGGACACCAACAGAGGAGCCCUCACCACGGGCACCCCCAGGGACACCUGAUUCCAGUGACGGGGGGCAGGAAUUGUCCCAGCCCAUCCCUUUGUCCCCCGUGCUCUGGGAGAAGAGGCUGGAGGAGGAGGAGGAGGAGGAGGCUCUGCUUCCACCGUCACCCACCGCAGCAGCCCCUGCCAAGCCCAGCUGGGAGGUCGGGAACUGGAGUGAGUGCUCGGCCACGUGCGGCCUGGGCGCGGUGUGGCGGGCGGUGCGCUGCAGCAGCGGCAGCGACGGCGGCUGUCCCGCGGCCGACAGGCCCGUGCCUGCCCGGAGGUGCUCCCUCAGACCCUGCUCGGCCUGGCGUGUGGGCAACUGGAGCAAGUGCUCCAGGAGCUGCGGCGGGGGCACCAAGGUGCGGGACGUUCACUGCGUUGACACCAGGGACCAGCGGCUGCUGCGGCCCUUCCACUGCCAGGCGGGGCUGCCGCAGCCCCCGGCACAGCUGCCGUGCCACAGCGCGCCCUGCCUGGCCUGGUACACGUCCUCCUGGAGAGAGUGCUCGGAGCCGUGCGGCGGCGGGGAGCAGGCUCGCCUGGUGACGUGCCCGGAGCCGGGGCGCUGCGAGGAGGCGCUGAGGCCCAACAGCACCCGGCCCUGCAACAGCCAGCCCUGCACCACCUGGGUGGUGGGCUCCUGGGGACAGUGCUCGGCGCCCUGCGGAGGGGGCAUCCAGCGGCGCCAGGUGAAGUGCAUCGACACCCGCAGCGGCGUGCCCGAGGAGGACAGCAGCCUGUGCCACCACCAGCCCUGGCCGGAGAGCACACAGAAGUGCAACCCUCAGGACUGUGACAGCUCCCAGCCAGGUGCCCCCUGCCAGCGCGACCGCCUGAGCUUCGCCUUCUGCCGGACGCUGCGGCUGCUGGGCCGGUGCCCGCUGCCCACCGUGCGCGCCCAGUGCUGCCGCAGCUGCCGCCAGCCCGGGCUGCCAGCCCGCAGGUGACAGCGCUGCCAGCCGUGCCAGGCUCUCGGGCUCUGCCACCCUCCAGCGGUGCUCAAACCCCGGCCGGGGUCCCGCUGCUCCCCACCGCCCCGCCCGGGCACACCGGCGGGGAAGCCGAGGGAAGGGGCAGCUGAAAGCAGCAAUAUGUGGGGAAGACCUCUCAGAAAUGCUUAUGGUGCUAUCAUUUGAUGUUUGCAGCCUCUCCAAGGUGUUGGCUGGCCAGCACAAACCUUGACUUUUAUUAUUAUUUUUGUAUCUCUGAGGUGAGCAUCCAGCAUUCCACCGGCUCUGCCGACUCUUUGGGGUAGGGAUUUUAUUUUAUUUUAUUUUUUUCCUUUAAGGGACUUGAAGCUGGCAACCCAUUCCUGUAAUUUUCAUUAAAAUGUUUACGCACUGAAGCUAAAUAGAUGUAAUUUAAGAAGUGGAGGCAGGGCAGAGGAAUAAAGUUUCAGCUUCAGUUGGGGCUGUGCAGGGCUCUGUCUCCCCAUUGCUGUGUCCCUCUGGAGCAGAGGGCAUCACCAGGGACACCAAGGUUUGGAGUCCAGCAGGGCAUUCCCAUUCCUUUGCGUGCCUUUGGGCAGGAGAGGGAAGCUGCCCUGGCAGUGAGUGCCACAUCCCCUCCCUCACGGGCAGCCAAGUGCUCAGUCCCUGGGUUUCUCUAUGUGUAGCAGUGUAAUGCUUGGUUAAGGAGUUUUUCUGUGGCCUUACAGGCUGAACCCUUUUUUCCCCUGCUUAUCUAGAUUCUCCUCUGUUAAGGUUAGCUGAUUUUUAACUAGAAUAUCCCAUUUACUCUGAGGCACAGCCCCUACCGCCUGCUCCUGGAGCGUGUGGGAACAAAUCCCUCCCUGUCUCGGGGAGGGAUUCCUGCCAGGUUGGUCUCUGGAGGAGGGCAGGAGCGUUUAGGUAGGAAUUCCUUUCCCUAUUACUCCUCGGGCUGUGGAAGAAGCCCAAAAACUGGGGGACCUUAGGGCAAUCCUCCCUGCAUGGCAGAGUCAGGCUGGAGCCCUGGGCUGCCGGGAGAGCAGCACUCAGCCCAAACGGGGACAUUCCUGUGUGUGAUUUGUAUGUAAAACAAGCCAUGACCUCACCAUUUGUGCUUUAUUCCCUUCCAAGGUGGUGUAAAGUUGUUAUGGUCCAAGAACCUGUGUCCAGCCCUGGUUUCCUGGUCCCCAGCACCAUCUGCCCCACACCCUGUCACCCUCCCAGGAUUGCAAAGGGACGACCCUUGUGUUGGGCUCUCAUGGCCACAGCUCACCAAGUGUGUUAAAUUAAACAAUUACUGAAGGAAGCAGGUGGCUUUCCCAUUUUCUCCUCCCCGUGGGGAAUUCCGAAGGUUCUCAGUUAAUUGGAGAUGGUUCAGGCACUGGCAGCAGGAAGGAGCGAUCAGUUUGCAUCUGAAAAUCAUUCACAGCUGCCCUUUGCAACUGGGAUUUGUUGAUUAAAACAUGAGCCGGGCUGAUGGGAUAAAUUGGUUCUGCAAAUCAAUUUCUUUGUGGCACAGGAUCUGGUGAGCCCCUCCUGCAGUGAUUUUCCACGUGCAGGUCCCAGCUGCGGCUGGCUGAGGGCACAGGAUCAUCCCUCCUGUGGGACACCAGGCCUUUUUUAGCCACGGAACAAACCAGGCCUGCCACCAGCACAGAAACUGCAUUAUCAGUGACAAUAAACCACAUCUGGCUUAAA